AUGACGUCACGACGUAAAGGUAAAUGACGUCAGGUCAAGAUGGCGGCUGUGGACGUGGAAGACGAGAGUAUUUUGGUGUCUGUGUUUAAAGACAGCUUUCCGGAGAACUGGAGAGAGAACCCGGACUUCGCGGCGUAUCUGGUGGAGCUGAGCUCGUACGGAGUGGAGAAGUUGAACCGGGAGCCGGAGCGCCUGUGCGAGGAGAGAGCGCACAUCCUGCAGCAGACGCGCGAGCUCGCCUUCUCCAACUACAAGACGUUCAUCCGCACCGCGGACUGCACCGAGCAGAUCUACCGGGACUUCGGGCGCGUGGAGGCCAGUCUGUCCAGCCUGCUCGAUAAACUUCCGGGGUUCGGGGAGAAAUGCAGAGGCUUCGUGAAGGAAGCAGAAGAGAUCGGGUCGAGUCGGCGGAUGAACAGCCUGACGCUGAAUCGUCACACCGAGAUCCUGGAGAUUCUGGAAAUCCCGCAACUGAUGGACACCUGCGUCCGUAACGGCUACUACGAGGAAGCGCUGGAGCUCGCCGCGUACGUCAAGAGGCUGGAGAAAAAGCAUUCGUCGCUCCCUGUAAUACAGGGCAUCGUGAACGAGGUGCGUCAGUCGGCCCAGCUCAUGCUGAACCAGCUGCUCCAGCAGCUGCGCAGUAACUCCCAGCUCCCCGUGUGCCUGCGCGUGAUUGGUUACCUGCGCCGUAUGGACAUCUUCACCGAGGCGGAGCUGCGCGUCAAGUUCCUGCAGGCACGUGGAACCUGGCUGCGCUCCGUCCUCGCCGCCGUACCUGACGAAGAUCCGUACACUCACAUCACCAAAACCGUCGAGGCGUGUCGUGUGCACCUCUUCGACAUCAUCACUCAGUACCGCGCCAUCUUCUCGGACGAGGACCCGCUGCUGCCCCCCGCCGAGCAUGCCGUCAACGAGGGCACCAUUUUCCACGGCUGGGUGGUGCAGCAGAUCGCGCACUUCCUCGAAACCCUGGAACGGGACCUCGAGCGCGGCGUUGGGAGCCGUCUGGACUCCCUGCUCGGCCAGUGCAUGUAUUUCGGCUUGUCUUUCAGUCGCGUGGGCGCAGAUUUCCGUGGCCAGCUCGCCCCCUUGUUUCAGCGCGUCGCGAUGGAGACGUUCGGUAAAGCUGUUCGAGAAGCUGUGGACAAAUUCAAAGAGGAUAUGAACCUGUAUACGCUCAUUUCUCUGCCGUCAGUGCUCGGGAACGCCGUCCCGGUCGUGGCGCCCGGCGAACAGCCCGGCACUCUGCAGCCCCCGAUGGGUCUGUUGGACUUUCCUCCGUUAGCGUGCUUCCUGAAUAACAUCCUAACUGCCUUUAAUGACCUGCGACUGUGCUGCCCCAUCGGUUUGGCUGAAGAUGUCGCCAGAUGUGUCGAGAAGGCUCUUGGGAAGGUGACCGACCUGAUCCUGAUUUUCCACCGAGCGGAGGAGUCAGCGUUCAGCAGCCGCGAGCGCGACCUCUUCGUCCAGUUCUGCUGCGCCUUCGCCGAGGACAUGGUGCCGUUCCUGAACCGGAGUCUCCGUGUCAUGUUCCCGCCCGCACAGCUCGCGCAGAUCCUCGGUGUUCCCCCGACCCAGGUUCACAAACACGGCAGCGUCGGGUGCAUCGACGUGAACGCCGUGCUGGAGCCUCUGUCCUUCGUCCUGCCUCAGAGAGAACCCGUGUCUCCGGCGCUCGAUCUGUCGGUCGAGCUCAGCGCUCUGUCUACUACACAAGCUCCAGUCAAGGCAUUAAUCUCAGACAAGGUGGAAUCUCAAGAACCUGAAGCAGACCUGGAGCGUCAGCCUGAACGUGUAGAGAGUUCGGAACAAGCCACGACACACGACUCAGAGCAGAGCGACCCGACAGAGACCGGCACGGAUCGUCCCGAUGCAUCACUACAGCCGCUUCCUAUUUAAUAAUAGAUUGUAUAAAUUAUCUGAUCUCCUGUACUCGUGUGUUUUGCACCUUUUUAAACUCUGAUUAUGAGUACGGUUCUAAUCUUUGCACAGAGACAUGAUUAAAUAAUGUAUGUAU